AGGAAGUGCAACGGGGAAUAUUCGGGAAAUUCCACAGUACUAGAGGUGAGUACUCGCGGAUCGGCGAUCACCCCUGUCGUGCAUGACAUAACAUCGGUACAAGCCCAGUGAAAUUGGUUGACCUGUAUCACCUCGGAUCUGUUGCAAGGGUGUACCUGACAACGUGCUACGUGCUUUGAACAGGAUACACUAAGGACUGGUGAACAUGGGUGGAGUAUAAUCUAACCCUCUAAAGAACAACAGCACACCUCAUGGAGAGUUGUGUACUUUAACACUAAUUUCUUUUCUUUCUAGUCUUGGUUUAAAAAACCCAAAUAGAAGGCAAUGGCGGAAACGACAGUCGAGAACUUAAUCGAAUCGAUGAAAGAUGUGCAUAUGAACUCGUUAAACAAUGGAUGUAGAAGAAAAAUAGGCAUGUUCAUGGACCCGGAAGGAAGUCUUAUCCCAGACUCGGACAUGUUCAACGACUGGUGUGGUUGUGCUGAACUUUUGAACUUCUCACAACCGGAAAUAGAAAACAUGAAACGUCAGAAGAGUCCAACACAGGAAAUGCUCCACUUGUGGAGCACCCGGAAUGACCCAGAACCAACAGUUGGGAACCUCAUAAGCUUCCUCUUUCAGCUUGAAAGGUUUGACGUUAUUAGCGAAUGUCGUCAAAUGAUAGAAAGAGAUGUUAAGAAGUGGAAACAAAAUCAACAAAGUCUCAAGAAGAUAUAUGACGAUCCCACAUUCCGAGAUCCGAGUAGUCCUUCAUCUCCUCCACCGGACAAAAUAGAAACUGUAUCGGAUGGUAAGUACAUACGUUAUGUAGUAUUAUGUUUAUGUUGUAGCNACCCUGACGCCUCGGACCAGCUGGAGUUUGUUAAAGAAAUGAGUCGGAUUCUUGAGGGUCCGGAAUACAAUUUCCGUCUGUUCAUUCCCUGGAGAGAUGAUUUAGUAGGAACAGCAAUGCAUUCAGUAUCGGCAGCCAUUAUAGAGAAAAAAUGUCGGCGAUGCAUUGUGAUUGUGUCUAAAUCAUUCAACAAUAGCCCAGCUGCAGACUUCCAGCUUAAGUUUGCACAUGCUCUGUCGCCAGGAGCCCGUCAAAAGAGAGUGAUACCGAUUGUGAUAGAGAAUGUAGAGGUCCCCAGUAUAUUGAACUUUGUGGCUCCGGCACCAUUUUACAAUGUUGGAAUUCGACACUGGCAAUGGCCCCGCGUCGCUGCUACUAUCAAAAGCGAACUGCGUCCGGAUCCGGAAACGUGGAUGCCGACAGUCGAUGCCUGGAAUAUCGCAUUAGAUACCUCAGACCUUACCAAACGGGAACUUUGGGGGAUCACAGUAGCAACACAGGUUUAUCCAGAGGAAAAACCUGUAGACAUUCCAGACGUUGAUGCUCAAAGAAAAAAGCACAAAAGUAAAAAAAGUGGAAAGUAGAACGGGAAUGUUUGCUAUGAAUUUGUGUUGACGUUAUUGAAUUCAUAGGAAACCUAUCGACAAAUACGUGAACAGUGUUUUAAUGUGAUCAAAUUGAACAGUUUUUUAAUGUGAUCAGAUUGAACGAAAUUGCAAAUAUUAAAACAUUGAUCGUUUUGGUUUCCUGUAUAAGAUACAAUGUAAAGCACUUGGAUUGAGCACAAGUUUUAACCACUUGUCUCAAAUUUAAUUGGAGAUCUCUCUUGUUAAUUAAUUAGCGAAAUUGUGAUGACGGCAAUAGAAAGAGGAGACAUGUCUUUCAUGACUUCGUGUGCGAAACACAUAACCUGUUUGCUUAAAGAGUCCUUUGGAAGGAAUAAUACCAGGAUGUACAAAGCUUACCAAUCCAUAUGGUCAAGGGAUAUAUUUUAUGGAGGAAAACAUUUCAAUCGAUCAGCGCGUUACGUUUUCUCUUGAGAAAAUAGUAUUAUUGCCAAAACCUGAAUAACGCAAUCUACUAAGAUUCUGACACAGGUGUAUUUACGCCCUCCAACAAAAAUCUAAUAAUCAAACUGUAGUCGCAGUCAAUAAAAUGGCGUGUAAUGUAAGAACAAAUGAAAAUGAAAAUAUGGAUAACUAUUUGAUAUGGCUGGUGUUAGGUUUUUAAUUCUAGAAAUUAUUUGAGUUGUGUGUAUUGGUCGUGGAUUCUAACGAACGUCAUACUAGAACGAUAAACGUGUCAUAACAUCGUAAACAGUACAGUGGAGCUUCAAUGAAACACGUUACUCUGUGUACUCUAUGCAGCAUUGUAACCGUCGCUAAUUGUGAUGAUAUGGGCAAAGUAACA